UGAUCGAGAAACGCCCCCAGUCCAAGUGUCACCCAACGCAAUCUAAACCAACUAGCCUGAACAGCCUCGAUCCAUCUAAUCAACCACCCCAAAUCUACAACUCAUACUCUACAUCUACCCUCGACUUUUACCAGCCUGACAAUCAACAAACAACCCUCGACAAAACACCCCCCCGGAAUAAGAAAAGCCAGUCGCAAUGGAAUCAUCUACAAAACACUCAACAUCAAUCCCAUCCUCCAACCCGCCCAGCGUCGAAGUCGCCUACAAACGCAAAUGCAUCGCCCUCAAGAAGCGCUUAAGUGAAAUCGAGGCCGAAAAUGAGCUGAUGCGCACACGCAACCGUCGCGGCUGGCAGUACAUCCAGAAGAUGCGUCUCGAGUCGUGUAUUCUACUCGAGCGACUGGCUAAAGUCACCGGCAUGACGGAGGAUGCCCAGGCAGGCGUGAACCCGGAGCUGCGGGCCCGCGCGGCGGCGAUGAUGUCCAAUGCGGCCGUUCUGGAUGGUCUGGCGGGUCAAAGUGGGAAGGAGGGGAGUGGUGCGCUUUAUGAGGAUGAGACAGAGGGGAGCUCGGAUGAACAGCCGCCUACUCCCCAGGAACGACCCCUGCGUGUUAAGCGAUCCCGGAAAUCGAACGCUGCUGAUACCGGCGGUGAUGACGAUGCUGCGCCUUCGGCGAAUAAUGCUCCUGAGUCUUCUUCUGCAGCAGGAUCGUCUUCGCUUCCUCGUUUGGCGCCCGCUCCGUCGCAGGAGGAAAUGACCUCCUCGUUCCGCAUCCAGGCUGGUAACGGUUCCGCGCACGAUAAGGAGGAUAACACCGGCUCGGGCAGUGAUCGCGGAAGCCAUGCCCCGGAGUCCGGGUCGAGAGAACCAGGUCAGGGAGAUGUCUCUGUGGAGCCGACGACGCCUAUGGAUAUGGAUACUAAGGAGCCGAAGGAAGAGAGUUAGGGUUUUGGAUCCGUUCUGGGGAUGCGUAUAUCUUUAUAUUAUUUUAGUCUUUGUACUUCUUUCUAUUUUGUGUUGUUCGUUCAUAUCUACGGGGUUUUACCGGUUUUCGGGGGUUUCGUUUGCCUUUCCCUUUCCCUUUCUUACUUGAUAAAAUAAGAUCUGUUCUGGGAGUUUGUUUUUUAUCUUAUUAUUUUUGUCUUUGGUGAUUACGGUGGUGCAAAAUACAUUUUAGUUCGUGGGAUAGGUGGGAUGGAUACUGAUCAUGUUGUAAAACUCGACUAUAUCUAUGU